AUGUUCAAGGGAAGCGUGUUCGGAAUGAUCUCCGACCACAAGACGCGAUUGACAAUCGUGACUGCCGCGGUCAUGGUCGCAACUUGGGAGGUUGGAUGGCUGAUCGUGCAAGCGGUCUGGGUUGUCCACCUGUUGUACAUGCUGUGCUGUGAACACUCUGAGUACAAGCGCUACAACGCGGUCGGUUACUUUUUCCACACGAUUCUGCCACAGGCCAGCACCUUCUCUGCCGUCAAGCUAAUGGCCCGAGUACAUCCAUCUCUGAUACUCAAUGAGUAUCACGACUGGGUCGCUUCGUUCUCCGAGCGAGGAUGGUGUGGACACAGAAGGAACAUCAUCGGCUGGAUCAUGCUGACCACGUCGUUUACGAUCUUCCAUCUCCUCUGUGCCUCUGCGGCGAUCAGCGCCUUCUCCGUAAAGAUGCUGGCAGUGAGCUUCACAGUUGUCAAACCCAACAUCUCCUGGUGCUAUCGCGUUUUCUGCAUUUUCGCCACACUGUUGCAGAUCAUGGGCGCGGUCAACGUUGAUGCUUUGUUGCAGGACCGUGUUCUGCUCUUCGUCUUCGGUGGUCACCGCGCCACAUACGAAGACGAUACCUUGGCAUAUAAAAAUGCGUACAUGGCCCGAUUGGUCAAGGAGAUCUGA